AUUACAUAAUGAACGUAUAUAUAAUUUAAAUGGGGAUGUAGCUCAAAUGGUAGAGCGCUUGCUUUGCAUGCGAGAGGCACUGGGUUCGAUACGCCGCAUUUCCAAUUCUUUUUUUCUUUAUGCUUCCUUUAACCCUAAUUUUCUUUUAACUAAUUUAAUAUUUACUAGCAUCGUCGUCGUUCCUUGUCGGAGGAUGAUUAACAUCAGAAACCAAACUCGGCGAUUCUUACUCCUCCACCGUCGAUUCACUACCGAGUUAACUCAACCUCGAGCCACCAUCACUCCAGUAAACCAAGACCAUCUCCUCCGCGUCUGCACAAUCCUCUACCAACAACAAAACUCCCCCGAUUCACGACUCGUCUCCAAACUCUCCUCCACCGAGUUUCAACUCACACACGACUUCUUCCUCCAAGUCUGCAACAACUUCCCCCUCUCAUGGCGCCCGGUCCACCGCUUCUUCCUCUACUCGCAGACCCACCACCCAGACUUCUCCCACACCUCCGUCACUUCCAACAAGAUCCUCGGAAUCGUCGGGAAAUCAAGAAACAUGGACCUUUUCUGGGAAUUAGCUCAAGAAACCGGAAAGCGAGGAUUAGCCAACGACAAGACGUUUCGCGUCGUGCUGCAAACGCUUGCUUCCGCUAGAGAGAUGAAGAAAUGCGUCAGCUUUUUCCAUCUGAUGAACGGGUUUGGAUACAGUUACAAUGUCACAACGCUGAACAGAGCGGUGGAGACUCUGUGUAAGGAGAAGCUUGUUGAAGAAGCUAAGUAUGUGGUUGCUAAGCUGAGAGAUUGUAUCAAACCUGACGAGGUGACUUAUAGGACGAUGAUUGAAGGGUUUUGCGACGUUGGUGAUUUGGUUGAAGCUGCAAAGGUUUGGAAUUUGAUGAUGGAGGAGGGGUUUGAAGUGGAUGUUGAAGCUGGGAAGAAGAUGUUGGAGACGCUUUUGAAGAAGAACCAGUUCGAUGAAGCUUCCAAGGUCUUUUACGUGAUGGUGUCGAAACGAGGUGAGGGUUUGGAUGUGUCUUUCUACAGGGUUAUGAUUGAUUGGUUGUGUAAAAACGGAAGGGUUGAUACUGCCCGUAAACUGUUCGAUGAAAUGCGUGAGAGAGAGAUUCAGGUGGAUAACUUAACUUGGGCGUCGAUAAUCUACGGGCUAUUAGCUAAACGAAGAGUUGCAGAGGCUUACAAGACGGUUGAGGCGAUUGAGAAUCCGGAUAUUAGUAUCUAUCAUGCUUUGAUCAAAGGGUUGGUGAAGAUUAAACGGGCGAGCGAAGCAACAGAGGUUUUCAGGAAGAUGAUACAAAGAGGGUGCGAGCCGAUAAUGCAUACGUAUCUUAUGUUGCUGCAAGGGCAUUUAGGGAGAAGAGGAAGGAAAGGACCAGACCCGUUGGUGAAUUUCGAUACUAUAUUCGUUGGAGGUAUGGUUAAGGCGGGGAAACGGUUGGAAGCUACAAAGUAUAUUGAGAGGACGUUGAAGAGAGGGGUUGAAGUUCCUAGAUUUGAUUAUAACAAGUUCUUGCAUUGUUAUUCUAAUGAGGAAGGUGUGGUGAUGUUUGAAGAGAUGGCUAAGAAACUUAGAGAAGUGGGUUUGUUUGAUUUGGCGGAUAUAUUCCAGAGGUAUGGAGAGAAAAUGACUACGAGAGAGAGAAGGAGAAAUAGAGAAGAAACAUCCCCUGUGUUGCCUCCUUUGCCUAACCGAUGUACAAUGCCAACCUAACCCUAGUUUCUACCGCAUCACCGUCUACUGAGUCUGCACGGUACCAGUUUGUUCUGCCAGUUGAUUAAUAGAGUCACAGAGAUGCUAGUAUAGAAUAAUCGCAAGGUGGUUUGUUCAUGAAGAAAGAUUUAGUAGUGCAUUGCUUGUUACCUUGUAGAAGAAGGGAAAUAAACUGUAGAUGUUUUUGUUGUUGUUCAAAAUUUGAUUGAAAAUGAAUGUGGCACAGAAGCUAAUGUAGUACAUUCCAAAAUACAA